UGUUUUAAUGUUAAAAGGACUAUCUCUAUCUUCUUUGCAUGUUUUAUACUUUCAUAUAAUUAUCAAUAAAAAAUUACUAUAAAUUUCUUGAUUGUUACGUCAUCAUACAUAAAAUACAACACAAAAUUAAAAUAUACAUAUUGACACUGAACUUUUAUUAAUUAUUAUGUAGGUGGUUGGGGGUGAUGUCUGUUGUCCCCGUUGCCAUGCUGACCACUUUACAAACAUUCAGUGAAUCUGCUGGUGUGAGUGGAUGCAAUGAUCCUUUCAAGAGUCAAGCCGGCAUUUGGGCCUGUUGCAGCAGAAAGCUCUAAUAGCAACAAGGCCAUUCCCACACUUGAACAAUACUUGGCAAAUAGGGACUACACUGGUGCAAUCACAAUUUUAGAGUUCGAGCAGAGCUAUGGUAAAUCGAACGGCAUGACCGACCGAUGGCUCGGGUAUUGUGCCUUCCACCUGGGUGACUACAAGAGAGCAAUGCAGAUCUACGAGACGCUAGCUGCUUUACAAAACCCUCCAAGUGACACGCUCGUGAACCUUGCCUGCUGCUACUUCUUUCUUGGGCUUUAUCAACAAGCUGACAAAGUUUUAGAAAAGGUCCCAGACUGUCCACUGAAGGUAAGACUGCUGUUCCAUCUCUGUCACAAACUGGGCAAUGAGGUACGGCUAAUCGAAAACCACAAAAAACUUGAAAACACAAUAGAAGACAGCCUUUCACUGGCCGCACUUCAUUAUCUUCGCUCGCAUCAUAAAGAAGCUAUAGACAUUUAUAAAAAAAUCCUUCUAGAUAAAAGGGAAUUUUUGGCUUUGAAUGUUUAUGUAGCUUUGUGCUAUUACAAGCUGGAUUACUAUGACGUAUCACAAGAAGUGCUUGGGGCAUAUUUACAAAAGUACCCAGAUUCGGCUAUUGCCCUCAAUUUAAAGGCUUGCAAUUUUUUCAAAUUAGAAAAUGGAAAAGCCGCUGAAAAUGAAAUCAAACCAUUACUGGAUUUGAGUUCUACUUCUUUUGCAUUUGGUCACGAUCUAAUCCGUCACAAUUUGGUAGUUUUUCGAAGUGGUAUAGGAGCAUUGCAAGUACUUCCGCCACUUGUUGAUGUGAUACCCGAAGCGAGACUCAACCUUGUAAUCUAUUAUUUCAAACAAGGUGAUUAUAUUGAAGCGUACGAUUUAAUCAAGAAUCUAGAACCGUCAGUGCCCCAUGAGUAUAUUUUAAAAGGUAUUGUGAACGUUGCAAUCGGCCAAGAGACAAACUCAAGGGAGCAUUUAAAAAUUGCUGAACAGUAUUUUCUCCUGGUGGGCAACAGUGAGAGUGAGUGUGAUACAAUACCAGGAAGACAGUGCAUGGCAUCGUUAUAUUUUCUGCAGAAACAGUUUGAAGAUGUUCAUGUUUAUCUUACAUCGAUUAAAAGUUACUUUUUUAAUGAUGACAAUUUCAAUUAUAAUUAUGCCCAAGCAAAAUCAGCACUCGGAAACUAUAAAGAAGCUGAAGAAACAUUUUUGAUGAUUCAAAAUGAAAAAAUAGUUAACGAUUAUAUUUAUAUUAGCCAUUUAGCCAGGGCAUAUGUAAUGAAUGGAAAACCUCAGCAAGCUUGGGAACUUUAUAUAAAAAUGGAAACAUCACCCGACUCAUUCAAUUUACUUUUACUCAUUGCAAAUGACUGUUAUCGAAUGGGCCAUUUUUAUUACGCUGCCAAAGCGUUUGACCUCCUUGAGCGGCUGGAUCCAAGCCCUGAGUACUGGGAGGGUAAAAGGGGAGCUUGCAUCGGUGCAUUUCAGAUGAUCAUCGCUAACAAAAGCUCUAGUGACUUGCUUGCAAAUGUUAUUCAUCUGUUGCGGAAUUCUACAAAUCCACAGGUUGAAUCCAUAAUCAGAGUAAUUAAGAGAUGGGCCAAAGAACAGAGGAUAAAUAUUUAAUUUGAGUUAAAACAAUUUAUAUCAUUGAAAUAAAACACAAAUUACCUA